AUGAGGGAACCGUUGUGUUCACUUCCUGUCUUCUGGCUCCUGUGGUCGGCAGCAGUGUUGCAGUGCGGACUACCCCGGGGAGUACAUGCUACAAAACUUGUCAGGGCCCUGUAUGUAUUUGGCGACUCGCUGGUGGACGUAGGCAAUAACAACCACCUUCGCUUCUCCGUCUUGAAGGCAAACUACCGCCACAAUGGCAUCGACUACCCCGGCGGCGAGUCCACCGGACGCUUCAGCAAUGGCAAGAAUGCCGCCGACUUCAUCGGUAUUAUUUCAUCAUCUCUCUUUCUCUUUCUCCUCUCCUGCAAGUCGUUUUUAGCCCAUUAAUCAUAAUCGGAUUUGAUUAAAUGCUUUAAAAUUGCGAAAAAUUGUCUAGUAUGGUUCAUAUGUGCGAUACUGCAAAUUAUGCCAGUCAAAUGUUUUCUAGGACGAGGACAAUGAGGUGACAAUAAGAUCAAUAGACCCAUUUUUUAUCCCGCCAAUUGACGAGAUUAUUCUAACAAAUGCAAGAGGCACUUCAAGCCGGAAAGCUAAACGACGUAAGCUAAGAAGACAGCUAUGCAUAUUAACCUGUUGCAGCGAUGCACGUUGGCUUGGAGUCGCCGCCUCCGUACCUGUCCUUGCGGUCCACAUCCAACAGGACAGCAGUGUUUCUCUCAGGCGUGAACUUUGCCUCCGGCGGAUGUGGGAUCUCAGACGAAACGGCAAAAAAAUUAGUAAGUCGUGAAUUACGAAUGGGGGGGAGAAUGCCCCACUGGUCGUGCAUGCCGAGGUUUAAUGACGGCCUCCACCGCAGGAACAAUGCCUCCCUCUCAAGAAACAGAUACGAUACUACUCACAUCUGCGGCAGUCCCUGGUUCAGCAGCUGGGCAACAUGAAUGCGGGGAAGCAUCUGGAGAGGUCGCUCUUCUUGCUGGUCAUCGGAAACAACGACAUCUUUCAUUACGUGAAAGCCGUGUCUGAGGGGUAUCUUUGGAUUCCUCCUCCUCUGGAGUUCAUCGAUUCCCUGGUCCUCAUGCUAGAAGGCCAGCUGAAGGUAACCAACAGCUGAAAUCGGAGCAAAAACUGUUGUUGCGUCCUCCGACAAUAAUUUAAUUAGGACUAAUGGCACGUAAGAAGAAAAGUCUUAUACGCAUUUUUCAGCCUAUGUAUUAAUUGGAUUGUUCGUAAGGAUUUGCGUUUGAAAAAUAUUUUUUAAUUACUUCAAAAUAUUAGAAAAAUAAUAAUUUUUCGAUUGAUCAGUAAGAUCUAUACCGUAAAAAUAAUACUGCAUUUCAAGAAAGAUAUAAGAUAUGCUUUGUUUAUUUUGUAAUGCCUAACUUUACAUUAGGUCCACAUUAUGAGGGCUCAAAAUGGUUUGAAUACUCUUGUAUUCGUUACUAUGAAAAUCAAUUUUUGGUUUCAAAGAUCACCCAACUUUAUUUGAUACAGAUUAGUUUUAACUUAAAUUCCCUAUUAUCUGCAACAAAAAAAUUCUGAUGGCAUCAACAUAAUACGAUAUAAACGAAAUGAAGAACAGUACGGUAACCCAUCAUUGUAAAUUCUGUAAAAGACUUCGAGAGAAAAUUUGAGGUUGGCCAUUAUAGUCCAAUAGAAGGAGCAUUUUAUGGAUUAAAUGUUCAACGUCUGAUACUUGGCAAGUGAAGUCAUACUUCUGAAAUAAAGUACUGUGUUAACACCAGUGAUGUUGUGAGUUAGCAUGGUAGUAAUUGACAAAAACUAGUUUGAAGAAGACAAUGAUAUUAUGACCUGAAAUAUAGGAGCAGGUGUCUUGUAGAGAACUGUAUGAAGUGGAGGACAUGCAUCGAUUUACAGACUUCUAGUUUUCCAAUAAAAGUUUGAACACUAUUACUUUGAAAAAUAUUUUUAUUGUAUUUAAUGGAAUCUAGGCCAGAGAAAUUAACAUGCUCUUCUUUUCAUCUUUAAUCUCGCUUGAGUCCACUCGCAGAGGUUGUAUGAACUCGGCGCCAGGAGGCUCAUCUUCGUUGGGACGGGUCCUCUUGGCUGCUGUCCAUCCCACAGGAUCGGGAACAAAGGAUGGAAGUGCGACCCUUACACGAAUUGGCUCUCCUUAUCAUACAAUACUGCUGUAAGACAAAUGUUGCAAAAAAUGAUAUCUGGGUUUCACGAUUGGAGAUACUCCUUCUUCGACACAUAUAAGGCCGUGAUGGAAUACAUCGACAUGCCGGAGAGAUAUGGUGAGAUAAGCCCUCUCUCUCUCUACCUCUGUUUCUGUCUCUGUGCAUAUAUGUAUGUUUAUUUGUGUGUCUGAAGAACUCCAAAUUCUUGCUCUCUUUGAAGGAUUUGUGGAGGCGAAAACUGCUUGCUGCGGACUGGGACCUCUCAGAGCGAAGGUUCCCUGCCUUCCCAUAUCAUACUACUGCUCAAACAGGGAUGAGCAUGUCUUCUGGGACUUUCGCCAUCCAACGGAGGCCGCCUACAGGAACCUCUGUGACAUGAUCUUGAGAGGUUCCGAAGAAUAUGUGUAUCCAAUCAAUGGGAGUCAGUUGGUCAGCAUCUGA